AUGACAUUUCAGCGCUUCAUCCGUUUCAUUGAUGAAGAUAAUGUCGUUCGUUACGGUAAUCUGAAGAGUGAAAUGACCGCUUCCGAUAUCCUUGGGCAGCGGGUGCAGGUCCUCGAGGGGCAUGCACUGAGUGGCUUUCUGCAGUCUAAAGAGAUGAGAACCGUGAAGACUUUUCAAGUCCCAAGCCUUCCUGUCAUUUUCACCAAGCCAUCGGAUUCGAUAGCGGGUCCACUUGAAUCCAUCCCAGUUCACCCUGAAGCUCAGUCUGAGCUUGACUACGAAGGAGAGCUGUGUUUCGUGAUUAGCAAGGAUUGCAAAGAUAUCCCCGAGUCCGAGGCCCUGCAGUACGUCCUAGGAUACAUGGUUGGUAACGAUCUAUCUGCAAGAAACUAUAUCCCACACGAGGUUUCCGGAUUCCAGAUGAGCUACGGAAAGUCCUUCGAUAAAUUUGCCCCUCUUGGACCCUAUAUCGCAUCCCCAGAAGUUGUUGGUAAUCCUCACAACCUUCGUUUGACUACAAAGGUCAACGGGCAAGUGAGACAGGAUGCAAACACCUCGGACAUGAUUUGGAACGUUCCUAGCGUGAUCGCUCAAUUGACCAAAGGGCGUACCCUUAGGGCUGGGACAGUAGUUAUGAUGGGCACACCCUCUGGAGUGGGCUGGUUCAUGAAGCCUCAAGGGUAUGUCAAAUCAGGGCAUGUCAUGGAAGUGUCCAUUGAGAAGCUCGGAGCCAUUACAAACAAGGUAGUCUUUUGUUAG